AUGGCAGAAGAAGCGCAGCAAUCGUUCGAUGUUUUCCAGAGUCUUGAAUUCGCAAAACUUUUCAAUAUGGCUGCUCUUCAGUUAGAUUGUCUUUCCAAACUACUGACAGCUAAUGAUGUCCGCCAAAUGUUCGAUGAUCCCAGAAUAGAAUGUGCCCCUAAACAAGUUCGAUCAGUUUUACUAGAAGCAUUGCUUCGGUGCUUCCGAACGGAUUCAGUUAUUCAACAAGGUCGUGGUAUCCUGAUUGUGACGACGCUAGGUAAGUCAUUAUCUGCUAAAAUACAGAAUUACAUCGCUAAAAAGGCGAAUUCGGGUACACAUUCGAAAAUCUACACGAAUCCAAAUCAAGAUAGAUCGAAUAACAGAGGAACAUUCGCGAACUCGGCGAUUAUUGAUACUCUCAUUGACCAUAUGCGUGGCAACAUCGUUGCGUGGUGGAUCUUGAUCGAAUUCGGCCUUCCUCCAAAACUUCGAUUCUCCUCCAUGGCGCCAACCAUGCUCACAUAA